AUGGGUUGUAUUAGCUCAAAAGAUAAUACAAUUAAAUUGGAUAGACAGUCUGCCUAUGUUUUUACUCUAAAUCAAAAUGUAUGAAAAAAUAUGAUAUAAUUAGAAUAACUCUAAAAAAGCAACAACGAAAUAAAAGUUUCAAACUGAUGAUUAAUCAAAAUAGAAAAUUGAGAUGAUUAAUCAAAAUAAUAUAUUUAUAAAUAAAGAAAGAUCAUCACAUUUGAAAUAGGCAACUUAAAUAUUAAAUAUUAAUAAAGAUAAUCAGUUUAAGCAAAAGGUUGAAACUUUGAAACAAUAUUAUAAAAAUAACACCUAAUUUUAGAGAUCUCAUUAAAAAGACUUUGAUGAAAUUAUCCUCCAUAUUUAAUCAAAGACCAUCACUUUAUAGAUAUUAUUGGUAAUUAUACAAUUAUAUAUUUAGAAUAAAAAUGAUCAAUUAUAGAUGCCACCACUUGAUAUUUUAUUUGUUAUUAAUAAUGAAGGUAAAUAUUUAAUUGAACUAAUAUUAAAUCAUAUUGACAAUUAUGAUAUAAUUACCUAAUUAUUAUUAGAAUAAAACUUAUCAGAAAGUCAUUUACAAAUAAUAGCUAUUCCGUUAUUUCGAAAAUUGAAAUAUUUACAUUCUAACUUAAAUGUUGAAAGAGCAAUAUAAUUUUUGAAAGCUACAUCAAAAACAAAGUUUAUUGAAGUCAUACUUAUUGCAUCUUUACAAAAUGGAAAUAAGAAUAUCAUUUAAAAUUUUAGUAAUAUUUUUACAUAUAUCAAUAAAUUAAAUGAAUUACAUUUAAAAUUUUUUAAGAUCUUAUGUUAAAUAAUUAAAGGAGUUAAAGCUUUUGAAAAAAAAUAUGAAGAAUAUCUUGAUGCAUCUAUAACAUAUAAACUCAAAAAUUUUAGAAUAUCAAAAAAAAUUAAGAAAGGUCAUAUGCAAGAUGAAUUACAAAUGCAAUCAACUCUAAGAGAACUUUAAUUCAAUAUAUUUCAUUAAGUAAGUUUAAAUUAAAAAUGGGAUAUCUUUUCAUUAUAUUCAAAUAGUCUUAUUUAAACUCCAAAUAAUUCUUAACUUACUCCUUUUAUGGUAUUUUUUUAAAAUGCCCCUUUUAAAAUCAUUCUUAAAUAUAUUUAAUAAUUUCCAUAAUCAUUUACUAGAGGAAUUGAUUAUUCUACUUCUUAAGGAUUAAAUCUAUUACAUUGUUUUUGCUUAAAUAAAAAUUUGUCUCCAAAAAUAGAUAAUAACUGUUAAGAAAUAAUGAAUUUAUUAUAAAAGAGCAAGAAUUUCAAAUAAUUACUAUUAUAACCUUAUUAAGAUUAAAUACCUUUAAUCUUUUAUCUAAAUAGAUAUAAGGUGAUUGAUUAGUAAUUUCUUGAUUUUUUAGGUUAAAAUUUGAAAAAGGAUUUUGAUUUUCAUGUAUUAGAUACAUAAGCUUAAAUAUUAGGAGAAUAAUUAAAAUUUAGGAAAAUAAAUUAAAAGAAAUCCAUAAAAGAUCUUAAAAGAAUGAAGAAGCCAGCUUUUAAAUACACUUAAUAUGAAUUAAACAUAGAAUUAUCUAAAGAAAUGUAGUAGUAAUAUGAUCUAUAUUACUUACAUUACAUUUAAUUAAUGAAAAUAAUAAUUAAACGAAAGUUUUCAAUCAAAUAUUCUCACUUAACUUAAUUUUUUACUUUUACAUCUUAUUUUCCAUAUGAUCUAGGUACAACUCAUCAUUCUUUUUUAUAAAUUAUGUUAUAGAAUUAGAAUGAUGAUCUUAUUUUAUUAGAAUUGAAAAAAUUCAAUUUUAUUAAUCAUUUGUAAGCUUAGAAAAAAGAAUUAGAUAAAUUUAAUAUUUUAUUACCUACUGAUUAUUCUUAGGAAGCAUAACUUUUAGCUAAACUAAUUUAUUUAAAAUAGGAUAUAAUAGAUUAAUCAAGUUAACUUCAUUAAGAAAUUAAUUAAAUAAUUUUGGAGUAGCUUAAAAGAAAUCCAAAUCUUUUAUGGUCAAAAAUUUAUGGAAAUAGCAAAUUAAAAUAUGAAGGAUUUAAUACUACAUUAUAUUAAUUAAUAAAAUAACUUUUGGAUGUGGUUUUCGUUAAAGAUGUAUUGGAAAUUUCAAUAUAUAAUAAUUGUUAAGAUCGUAUAAUGAAGGAAUUUAUAUUUUAAGAAUUAUUAUACAGAAAAGUAUCUAAAAAUGAAAUUGAUUUAAGAAAUUUUUGUGAUAGUUUUCCAAGAUCAAUAGAAUUCAAUGAAACUAUUAAAAAAAUUGAUGUAAAAGUAGAUAAAGAUAUCAAAAAUUAUUAAGUUAAACUUUACACUUGGAAUUUAGGAUUAUAUAAAUCAGAAAAUAAAUUAGAAAUUACUGAAUUUUACCUUCUUUUUUAGCAAUUCAAAUAAAAAUCUAUAUAAAAUGUUAUAUAAUAAUCAAUUAGUAAAGGUGAAUAAUAAAAUCAAUAAAAAAUAACAGAUUAUUUCUUAUAAGCUCUUUUAGAAUCAGAAGUUACAUUGCCUUUAAUAAAUCCAAUUAUCAAUUUGAAUCCCAAAUAUUUUAUUCCAAAAAUUUGGUGGUUGACCCAAAAAAGUAGUCCUAAUAAAUAAUUACUUUAAUUAAUUUCAACAAAAAAUAUUAAUCCAAUUGUAAUUACAUAAACUAAUAUUAAUUAAUUGGAUUUAUUCUUUGAUUGGUAAAUGAAUGGAGUUUAAUUUAAGAUUAUGGGAUUUCCAGAAUAGAAAUAUUUAUUUCAUGAUCUUUUAAUAAAAUCGUAAUUGAUAUGUUUUUAAUAAAUUAAUAAAUUGCCUUUUGUUAUUGCAUUGGCUAUAGAUGAUUAUUUCAAUGUAGAAUUAUCUAAAUUUUUGGAGAAUUCUGAAAUUAAAAAAACAAAAGAAAUAAUUUCUUAAAUUUAAUUACAUAAGAUGUUAUAAAAUUAAGCAAUUAAAAAUAUAUAACUUUUAAUAGAUUAUUUUAAUUUAGAUGCUUAUUCUCUUAUUUAUAUAUUGGGUUUAAAUCAUUUAUCUAAUUCUAAAUUAUUUGAAUAUACUCCAUCUGAAAUAUAAGAAGUGAAUAAAUUUAACUUUAAUCAUUAAAUCUAAUAGCUUUUGAAAUAAAAUUUUAAAUAUUCUGAUUAAAUAUGCCCAUUUUUUAUAUUUAAAUAAUAAAAUAAUGAAAUUUUUUAGAAAUCUAAAAAAGCAAUAACACCUUAAUUUAUUCCAUUAAUCGAUUAUCUUAAUUAUGAAUCAUUAAGUAUGCUUGAUAUAAAAUUAAGAAAUUAAUUGUAUGAAAGAUUAAACUUUCAAAUAUAGUUUGAUAAAUUUAAUGAUGAGAGAAUAAUGGAAAUUUUAAUUGAGGAUAUUAUAAAAUUAAGAAGAUAAGAAUUUGGAAUUGAAAAAAUAGCAAGUAUUAUUACAACUACUUUUAUGAAAGCUAUAAAUAAUAAUAAAAAUAUUGCUGAAAUUUUGUGUAGACAUUUGUCAAAAGAAGAACUCUAAUAUACAAAAAAUGUCGCUAUUAAUUUGUUAUAUGAAUUAUCUCUUAUUUCUAAUCAAAUAUGUAUUCAAUAUUUGAAUAAACUAACACUAUAAAAUUAUCAAUUCCUUUAAGUUUAUUAUUAUGCAUUAAGCAACAGAAAUAUUGAAUUAUUAAACCACCUAAUUAAUUAUUAUUAUGAAAAUAGAAUGUCAUCAGUCUAUGUAUAUAAUUAUCUAUAUUUGAAUAUAAAUGUUACAAACUAUCAUAAAGCCUUAUAUUAGAAAUAUUAUUUGGUUUUUAAUGUAAAUUAAUAUUAAUUGUUAUAUAAUACUGUUAAAUUAAAUAGUCAAACUAUUUCUGAACAUAUUUAAAUGUUUAUUUUGUUUGGAUGUGUAGAUUAACUUAAAUUUUUAAUUUAAUAGCCAAAUAUUUAGAUUGAGGUUUAAAACUUUUAUUUUCAUUAUGUAUUUACAAAAAAAAUGUGUAUAGAAAAUGUUUUAGGAAUUGAAGUUAAUAAGUUUCCAAAGAAUCUGAACAAUAAAUAAAUAUAAUUACAAUAAUUUUUUUUGAAAAAUUUUAAAAGAACUUACUAAUAAUUUUGCAAAUUUUCUCUUUAUAGAGAAGAUUGUGCUUUUAAUUUUUAUGAAUAAAAUAUUGAUUAUGCAGAAACAUUUGAAAUCCUUAAUAACAUAAUGUCAAAUUCAAAAGAAAAGACUGAAGAAUUAGAUGGAUUUAAUGAACUUUAUAGUUUAAUAAUACAUCCUUAAGCAAAGUAGAUUAAAUUAAAAAAUGAAUUAAUUUCUUAUUUCUGCAAGCUAUUUAUUAGAACUAAAACUUUAAAUAAAUAUAUUUCAGAUCAUUAUGAUUAAUACAUUUUAUUAUUCAAUGCAAAUUCAAGGAAUAUUGAAAUUAUUUUUGAUUUCAGAAAACCUAAAUAUUUUUCUUUGAAAUUUAUUAUGGAAAUAUUGAUAGAAUAUAUCUAAUAAUUAAAAAAUAUAAAUACUUUGGAAAUAUAUGAAAGGUUAACUGAAUAUAUAUUUAAAUAUCAUUUAAAAAAUCUAAAAUUAGUAGAGUGUUUAAAAUUGGGUCUGUAAAAUUAUAAUUUAACUAAAUUUAACUAAACUACUUUAUAUUAUGCUUAAAAUUAAGUAAAUUUAUUACCUAAAUCCUUCUACGAUUAUUCUAAAAAUAAGCAUUUCUAUAAUAGAUACAAAUUGAUUCAAAAUAUAAUGAAUAUAGAUGAAGUAUCUCUAGAAAAUAUGACCCCUAUUCAAGUUUUAUUAGGCAAAGGUCAAAUAAAUCAUGUAUAAUAAAUUAGUUAUUCCAAUUCAAAUUUAAUGGCUGCUUUAAUUAGUAAUAACUUUAGUACAAUAUAGGGUGUUUUAGAUUAAAGUAAAAAUCCUAAAAAAAUAUGUUCAGACUUUAAGUUGUUUCAUAUUAUAUUAAAAUUUUAAAAUGAAAAAAAUAUUAUCUCCUUUUUUGACAAGUAUAUAGAAGAUUCAAUAAAAGACAUUAAUUAAUUAAUGUUUUUGUAAGAUGAAUCUAUAUUACUUUCAAUUGUAUAAAAAAGAUAAUAUAAAGUUUUUGAUCGUAUUAUAAGAUAAUACGUAUAGAAAUUAACUAAUAGCAAAACUCAUGUAUAGAUUGUUCAAUAGCAUUUAUAAAUUAAAUUAAAAGAAUAAGAUUUAAUGAUUUAUUAAUUGGGAAUUCUCCAAAAAUCUUACUUCAUUUUUGAUUUUCUAGAUGGUAUUAUAUAAGGUGAUGAUAUACAAUAAUUUAUUACAAAAUUAGACUUUAAUUUAGCUUCUAUUUUGUCUAAUUAAUAAUAAGGAGAUAGAAAAAUCAAUUUAUUUGCUAAAUAUUACCUAAGUAAUUUAUCAAUUUUAUUAAUUCCAACAUAAAAAUAAAAUUCGAGUGAAUGUUAAAAUGUGUAAAAUAAAAAUAAAGAAAAAAAGAUAAACGACCUCUGUGUUUGGAAGAAGGAUAAUAAUAAUAUAUAAAGAAAUGUUUAGUUAGAUAAUUUACUUGAUAUCGAACAUGCUUGUAUAUACAAGCUAUUUGGAUUUAAUUAAUUUAUUAUUAAAUACUUGAAAAAUAAUUUUAAAUUUUUUUCCUUAUUUUAAAACUAAGCCUAAGACAUUCUAAUUGCAAUAGAUAUCACCAAAGGACAUACAAAAUUACUUGAAUUUUAUUUAAAUAGUUAACCUUUAGAGAAACUAAAGGAUAUUUUAGAUGAAGUGGUGAAAAAAUGUUAAUAAUUUUAUUUAAUAUAGAAUCCUAUAUUUUAUAAAAUCAUGCUUACUUAUCCAGAAUAGUUUCUUAGAUUAUUAAAACCAUCUGAUUUUAAUUUAGAGAUUAGUCUAUUAUUAUCUUAUAAAUUAAAAUAAACAUAAACUCUUUAAAAUUUUAUUAAGAAUCAACUACAAAUGCAGCCAGAAGAAUCAUAGAAUUUAAAUGGAAUAGAUAUAAUAUAGAAUAAUUAUCUAUUCAUGAUGAGUUUAUUUUUAAAUAAUUUCUAGCUUCCGAUUUUAUAAACUGAAAUUAAAAAUAUUAAUAUAGAAAUAUUAAUUAAAAGUUUAAAAUUUAUAGAAGAAAAUUUUGAAAAAUAAUAGACUAUUAUUUCAAAUCAAGGUUUAUAAUAUAUAUUAAAUUUGCUGAAUAAGGAUAUUGUCAUAAGUAAUAAAAAUAGGUUCUAAUAGUUAAUUAAUUCCUAAUUGACAGGAUAACCCAUAAUUUUAGGAAUGAUUUGGAUUUAAUAAAUAUAAGAUAUUGUACAAACUUUCUUUUCUAAAUUACCUUAAUGGGGUAUUUUUGUAAAUAAAGUUAUGAUUUCUUUCGACAAUGUUCCCAUUUCAUUUAACAAUGAACAUUAUAUCUUACCUUUGCAAUAUAAAAAUGAUUAAUUUGAAUUAGAUGAAAUCUAUAUAAAUGAGUUUAUGUCCGGAUUAAAAUAAUUAAAAUAUGAAAGAGUGAUGGAAACAGAAUCUAAUAGAUUUUUAAAAUUUUAAGAAAAAUGGCCUUAAUAUAACUUUAAUUUCCUAUUUAAAAAAAUAAAUGUAAAUUUGAUACCUUCAUAUUGUUUUGAAAAUUUAGAUGACAUUGAUUUGGAGAUAUAGAAUACAAAAUAAAAUAAAAUCAUAUAAAAGAAGACUUCAAAGUAGAAUUAUAAAAAUAUAAAAUAAAAAGAUGAAUAAUUACAAGAAAAUGAAAAUAACUAAGAAAAUUUAGGUCUUUAUGAAAGUAUGAUAUUUUUUAAAAAUCUUUUGGAUCCGUUUAAAGAAAACUCUGAAAAUUAUCAUAUAAAUGAUUUGCAGGCACCUCAUAAAAAUUAAAAUGAAGAUGAAAAAAUUAUCAAUGAAUCAAAAGGUGUUUAAUAAAAGGAAACAGGAACUAAUACUUUUGCAAAAAAGUUGCUCAAAAAAAAAAUAGAAAUUAUAAAAACAAUACUACCAAACAAUAAAUAUAAAUCCAGAUUUACAAACUAAUAAAUAACAAUUUUUAUGGAAUUUUAUCAUUUCAUUUACCCUUAAUAAACAGAUCUAUUUUUAUAACAAUUGUCAAGUCAAGAAUACCUUCAAUAAUAUAAUCCAAAAGCAACAUUAGAAUUUUUAAUUUAUAAGUUGGAACAGUAUUAUCAUAACUUAUAAGAAUUUAUUCAAUCUGAGAAAUAUGAAAAAUGGACUAUUACUAUUCCAUAUUAUAUUGAGAAUGAUUAAUUCAUUUAUUAAGAAAUCUAAUUUACUCCAUAUGCAAUAUAAUUUAUUUUUUUUAAAUUGUUAAACUUUAUUCAAACUGUUAGGAGUUUUUCAAAUUUUGAGAUUGAUAUAAUAUAAUGGAGAAUAAAUACAAUAUCACUCCUUAAAGUUUUAGUCAAAGCUAUUUUAGAUUAUUAAUUUUUAGAUAAUAAAUCUGUUGAUAUUUUUACUAUUCUAGAUUCUAUUUGUUAAUGGAAUCUUUUGUAAUUGCUACUUGCCUAAAUUAUAUAUAGAAAUUUAAUGUCUUUACCUAAAGUAACUAACCUCUUUUCACGAAUUUACGUUGAAUUUUAAGAAAAAACUACUACUCAAUAAUAAGCAAAAAGUCAUAGCACUUUUUUCUUAGAUUAAAUAUUUUAAUUUGAAUAAACAGAAUAUCGUAUUUACAAUAAAACACUGAUUAUUACUUUAAAUGUAUUUAUAAGAUAAGAAAAAACCUAAUGGAAUACUUCUUAAUUUAAUAAAUAAUUUUAUCGAAGUUAAUUCAAUAAAUCAACUAUAUUUUAAGCUUCAUAAAUCGAUUUCCAUUUAUAUAAUGUAAUUAAUGAAUCUGACUUUUUUUUUGAUGUAUUUUAACCUGAAGAUUUGGUUUCAUACUUUUUUAAUCGAUAAGAAAUUGAUUAAUACAUAUAAAUAUUCUCUUAUCAAUUAAGUAAAUUUGUCAAUAAGGAUGUUUCUUUAAUUGUUAAUCAUACUUAAUUAAAAAAAUUAUAUGAAGAUUAAAUAAUAGAAAUAAAAGGGAUUAAAGAUAGAAAAGUUAAAGUAUAGAAACAAAAUUAGAUUCAAGAUGAAUUGAUAAGAUUAAAAGAUUUUUUUCUUGAAAAAGUUACAGAUUCAUUAUUUGAAUAAUUAACUAGUGAAUCUUUAGAAUAAUUAUUUUUAGUUAAACUAUCAAUAUUGCUUUAAUCUAUUCGUUUAAAUAAUUAAUUGUCAUAAUCAACACAAUAAAAUUUUAGAAGGGCUAUUAAGUCUACUAAGAGUAAAGUGGUUGAAAAAAUAGCCAAAUUUUCAACACACUAACUCCUAAGCUUUUAAUUUGGUUUCUAACUCACUCCCACCUAUUUUCAAUAAAUAGUUAAGGUUGGAGAUAUUUGUAUGGUUUUGUAUUAAGAGGAUGGUUAACUCAAACUUGAACCAUGCUAAUUUAUUAAAAAUUAAGAUUCUUCAAUAUUAUUUUUUUAUAUGCUUUAGGAUGAAAAGGCAAUAUUAAAUUUGGAUGAAAUAGAUGGAAAACUUAGAGCAUCUUUUUAAGAAAAGAAGAUUUUGAAUCUUGUUUUUGAAGACAUUAUUACUAUAAUAUGGUUUAGAUCCACUUGGCCUAUUGAAUAAAAUUUUAAUGAUGAAAUUUUAAAUUUAAUUUUUAUAGAUUAAAAUGGAAAUAUAUUGGCAUGUCAUGAAAAGAAAUUUCUUUAAAAAAUAAAUAUGAUCUAAAAAUUUGAAAAUGAAUAAUAAAAAUAAAUAUUAUUAGAUAAUUUAUUUGGAUAAAAUUUAGUAUCAAUAUAUGAUAAAUUUGCAUUAACUUAAAUUAUUCCGAUAAUUCCUAGUUAAAUCAAUUAUAAUUUUAAAUUUGAAGAUUAACAAUAAUCAAAUGUUAUUAAGAAUAAUAAUGAUAUAGAUAUUACUAUCUCUAAAAAUGAUUUUAUUUUGGAUAAAUUAAGUAUUGGUAAUUUUAAUACUGCUUGUUAUUUUGAUUCAAAUUUAGGAAUUUAAAAGUUUGUGAAAAAAUUUAAUAAAUUUACUCAAAGAAUAAAGGAGAUGUCCAAAAUAUUAAUAAAAAUUUAUUUUGAUGAUAAUUUAAAUAAGCAUCCUUCAUUCUAUUUAGAAUAAUUUUUUGCUCAUAAUAAUAUUUUUGAGGAAUUUGAAUCAGGAUUCAAAGAAUUUUGUGAAGAAAAAUAAUUUCCUUAGAUUGAAAAUUCUCUUUCUUAUUUAUUUGAUGUUCCAUCUUUAACUUAUUUAAAAGAAAGAAUAUUUUGUCAAAUUGUAAAAUAGAUAGAAUUUCAUUUUUAAUUAAAUUAAACACAUGAAUUAAUUUAAUAUCAAAAUGGUAAUUUGAGAAUUUAUAUGUUUGCAAAUGGAGAUAAACCUAUAAAACAAGAUAUCAGUUGUUUUAUUUCAAAUUUAAUUGUUAAAUAUCAAGAAUUUAAAUUAUCCAAUUUGAUUAUUUAGGAUCAACUUUAUGAUAUAGAAAUUCAAGAGGAUUAAUAGUCUUAAUUAAGUAAUUAUUUAGCAAAUACUAUUCUCCUUACAAAAUACUUAUAUUAAUUGAUAUAAUUAAAAUAAAAUUAAAAAUAUGAAAAAAAAUUAACCUUUUUAUUGUAAUUUAAUUAGUAAGAAUAAUGUUUUUAUAAAUUUAAUAGAUAAAAUAGAUAAAUAAUCUUAUAAUAUAAUUUAUUGAAAGAUUUUUGUCUUGAUGUAUUCCUAUUAGAUUAUUUAAACUUUUGCAACUAUUAAGGAUAAAUUAAAUAUGAAAAUUUAAUUGUGGAUAAUACCUUAUUUAAUUGUUAAAUACUUCAGAAUUUAAUAAAUGUUAAAGAUAAUUAGUAUUUCCCAUAAUUAAAAAAAGAGGAGAAGAAUUUAUAUAUAUCUAAAGAUUUCUCUUACUUGUAAAUUCUUGAAGGGAGAUUAGAUCCAAAAGAAUAGGAAAGAGGAUUUUUACUUUUUUAAUGUAAAGGUGUUUAUUAAGCUAUUAUUAUAUUUAAGAGUUAAUAGAAAUAUAUCCCUUUGUAUUAAUACUUUAAAUAACAUGAAAAUAGAUAAUUUUUUGGCUAAUCAUUUUAUUUUCUGGUUUCUGGAUUAAAUUAAAGAAUUGAUUUAGAUAAUUAAUUAAAUAAUAUUUAUGUGAAAAUAAUUGUCAAUAAUAAAAAAAUAAAGCGUUCUUUAAAUUAUUAUAAAAGAUAUAAUAGUAAACUGAACAUAAAUACUAGAUUGAUAACAACAAAUGUAGCUUUGGUUGAAAUAAUUGUUUAAGGAGUUAAAUCUGUAAAAAUUAGAUCAAUGACACCAUCUUUAUUAAUGAGUUCAAUAAAUAAUACGAAUUACACAAAUUCAAUCACUAUAUAGUUUGACCCUGAAAAAACAAUAUAGUAAUCUCAAAAUAAAUUAGCACAUAUUGGUGUUCUGAUUGAAGAUUAACAAAAUGAUUAGAUUUAUAAGGCAAUUUCUUUUAGCUAAAGGUAAUCACAUGGUUUGUAAACAGAAAAUGGGAAAAUUGUUCAAUUUUUAUUAAAAGGAAUUGACUAUAAACCUUCAAUUUUCUAGAAAACUAAUAUAUCAAAUUCAAAGUUUGAUUUAACAGAUCUAUAAAAUGAAAAUGUGAUUACUACUUUGAAUUAGAAUUAAAUAAAGAUAGCAUCAUUUUGUGGUUAAAUGAGAACUGAUUUUAUGGAAUUUUUAGAUUUGACAGGUAGUUAAAUUGCUUGUGAAAAUGCAAUUUUUGUGCACUCAUAAUAUUAAUAAAUUUAUGUAUAACCAAAAGUAUUUAAAGAAACAUUAGGGCUUAAAUUUAAAUGGCAACCAAUAAUUAAAGGCAUUUAUAAUUUAUAUUUGGGAGAUCAAAAAAUAGAUGGCCAAUUUAUAGUUUUAGCCAAUAAUGUAGAUUAUAGAAAAUGUGAAAUCAUUUUAUCAGAAAAGAUAAAUACUCUCACAUUAUAUCAAACAAUAAAAUUUACAAUAAAAUUGAGAGAUCAUUUGAAUAAUAUUUAUGGGGAUAUUGAAUAUAAAUUAAAUUAAAUAUAACCAGCUGUUGAAACAGAGAAUAAAUUUUCAAAUGAAACAGUAAAAUUAAUUGGACCAAAUAAAGAAGGUAUUAUUAUUAUUAAUAUUACAUUUGCUUAAAAAGAAGAUAUAGAACAUCAACCUGAAGAUGUUAAAAUAAAUAUAUCUUUAUUAGAAAAACUAAAAUAAUGUAUUUAUUUAUUUAAAUAAUUAUAGCAUAUACUUUCCAUUUGGAAGGAUUAAAUUUAGAGAUGAGAAUUAUAAAAUAUUAUUAAAAACUAAAAUUUCCAAAAGUAUUUAGAGAAUUAAUAAUCGACAGAAAUAAAUUUGGAACUGAUAUAUUAAAAUUAUCAAAUUCAAAUUUUAAAUGUCCACUUAAGAUUAAAUUUAAAGGUGAGGAAGGAAGUGAUGAUGGAGGAUUAAGAAGGGAAUUUUAUAAUAAAAUAGGAGAAAUGAUAAAAAGUCCUCAAAAUGGAUUUUUUUAAUAAAAUACAAAGAGUUAAACAUAUUUUUAUUCACCUAAAUUUAAUUUAGAUAAAGAAAGAGAUCAAUAUGCUUUAGUAUUUGGAAAAGUAUUAAAUAUUUAUUAAAUUAUUUUAGUUAAUUGCAAAUUCAUUAUUAAAUAAGGAAAUUAUAGGAGUUCCAUUUGCUCAUUAAUUUUGGAAAUUAAUAUUUAAUUAAUCAAUUACUUUUGAAGAUCUUGAUGGUAUAAUGGAUGAGAAUGAAUUUUAAAAUUAUAAAAGUUUAAAGUAUAUGACAUAAGAGGUAUUAGAAAUGCUUGAAGUUAAUUUUACAAUCAUUAAAGCAAAAGAAACAAUUUAAUUGAUAGCUAAUGGUGAUAAAAUAUUUGUAUCAAUUCAUAAUAAAGAUACUUAUUUAUAAAGAAUAGCAGAGUAUUAUAUUAUAGAAAGAUUUUAACAAAUUACAAAAAAAAUAAGUGAGGGUAUCGAUUAAGUCUUAGAUAAAAAAGUAAUUAUAUACUUUAUUUUAUAGCUUUUAAUAGAAUGUUUUGAUUUUACAGAAAUGCAUACAUUAACUGUAGGAUCUGAUGAAAUUUAACCUGAAAAAGUUUUAGAAUUAGUAAAAUAUUAAAAUGGUUCUGAUUAACUCAUUUCAUUUUUUUAGAAAUUUAUCAACUAAUUAGAAACAGAAUAAUUACAUGAUUUUCUUUAAUUCACUACAGGAUCUCCUUAUUUACCAUGGAAUUCUAAACCUACAAUAUAAAUUGAAUUUUAAGAAUCAAUGAAAGUAACCAAUUUACCAAGAUCACAAACAUGUUUUUAUAAAUUAGCAAUUCCGUAUUAUAAGACUUAUGAAGAAUUUAAGAAGAAAAUGGAAAUAGCAAUUGAAUAUGGAUAAGAAGGAUUUGGUUAAUUUUGA